AUGACCAAAAUCCCCCACGACCUCACCCCCAACCAACUCCUGACCCGCGCCCUCACCCUCCUCACCAGCUCUUUCAUCAAUACCCUCCACUUCCUCCUCGCCGCCACCAUCGUCCUCCUAACCUCCAUGGCCGUCGCCUCCCUCAUCGCCCGCAUCCUCGAACCCCACCAACACCCCUCCGUCCUCUUCUACAAACCCUUCGGCAUCAAACCGGUCCCCCUCAUCGCCUCCACGCUGGCUGCAAUCUUCCUCGCCAUCCAAGUCGGGGGCACGGUCUUCAUGUUUGUGCAACAGGGAGGGGAGGUGAGUCUGGCGGAUUUGGCGCUGACGAAUAUGGUUGUUACGCUGGGGAUGGAGGGGGCGGCGUUGGUGGUUCUUGGGGGGUUGGCGGUGCUGGGGGGGUUGGUGGCGAGGCCGGUGAGGGUGCAUGUUGAGGUUGAGAGGGAGGGGGUGGACGGACGCAGGGCGAGUUCUAGGGGGGCUAGGGCUCAAUUGUAG